UUGUAUUUAGACACGAUUCUGUCCCAAAUCACCGCUCUUUUGCACCUUUAAAAAAAGGCCACGCACACGCACACGCAUCUCUAACUGUCACUGCCAUGGCUGCUGCUGCUUUGGAUAAGAGCAUACCAGAGAAAUUGCCCCCAUCAUUGGAUGCGACUGCAGAGCAACCUCCACUAUUUGAUGGAACUACCAGGUUGUAUACAUGCUACACUUGUCCAUUUGCCCAUCGAGUUUGGAUCACCAGGAAUUUCAAGGGAUUACAGGACGAGAUUAAGCUAGUCCCUCUAAUCCUUCAAAAUAGGCCUGCUUGGUAUUCAGAGAAAGUUUACCCUCCAAACAAGGUUCCAUCACUGGAACACAAUGGCAAAAUCACCGGGGAGAGUCUUGAUUUGAUCAAGUAUUUAGAAAGCAACUUUCAAGGACCUUCACUUCUCCCUGGGGAUCCUGCUAAGAAAGAGUUCGCUGAAGAGUUGUUCUCCUACACUGAUACGUUCAACCGUACAGUGUUUACUUCAUUCAAGGGAGACCCGGCGAAGGAAGUUGGUCCUGCUUUUGAUCAUCUAGAAAAUGCUCUGCAUAAAUUUGAUGAUGGGCCGUUCUUCCUUGGUCAAGAAUUCAGUUUGGUGGACAUAGCCUAUAUCCCAUUCGUUGAAAGAUUCUGCAUCUUCCUGUCAGAAGUGUUUAAGUAUGAUAUUACUGCUGGCAGACCAAAACUGGCAUCUUGGAUUGAGGAGGUGAACAAGAUUGAGGCUUACAAGCAGACAAAAACUGAUCCAAAAGAGAUGGUUGAAGUUUACAAGAAGCGCUUUAUGGCUUAGAAUGAAAAUGCCACUGCACUGAAUAAGGGCCCUGGGGUCUCUUAGCUGAAUAAGAUUGUUGUGUUUGUAUAGGGUGAAGGUGCAUAUAUAUAUAUAUAUAUAAUGGUUGAUGUUUCAUGGUUGGUCUCCACGGGUGUCUACUUAUAGCUCUGGUAAAUAAUGAAGAAUAAACCUCCAUUUCAUUUUAGUUCAUUGAGCAUGCCUGGCUUAGUGUGUUCGCUAGAUUUCCAGGAUGGUAUUACUUUAGCACCUGUUUUUAGGCUGGAUGCUGCUAGUACUUUUACUCCAAGCUCUUUGCAUGGUGUUUAACGAAAUGCUUGGCUUGUAGUAUGAAUAUAAAAGCUCCUGUUACUUAUGUGAUAUUGUUGCUCGC